AUGACAACACCUUGUCGGGUGACCCAAAUGGCUAAAGAUGAUAAUCGUACAAUAGCAAGUGUGCACAAGUUAGUGCAACCCUUCACAAUUUUGAUGACAUUUCAAUCCAACACUACUCCGAAGAUGAGGAGAGAGACUACCAGUGAAGGGAAGACCGAGAAAGGACAAGUUUAUGAUUGCGUGAAUUUCUAUAAGCAACCAGCUUUUAGCCAUCGGUCGUCAAAAACCCAUAUUCCUACGGUAAAUAUAACCUCUCUACAAAGUGGAUCAAGAAAACUCGAGAAUCUGGGACUCAAAGAUGGUUGUCCAAUAGGGACUAAUGCUGGUUUCCGAGUGAAAGCCGGAGAAGGUUUAAAACUCUUGGGUGCGCACGCUUCAAUAAGUAUUUGGAAACCUCUAGUAUACAGGAAUGAGUGGUCGGUCUCUCGAAUGAAAAUUCUAAAUGGACCUGAUAGUAUUGAAGCCGGAUGGAUGGUGAACUCAAAUCUAUACAAUGAUCCCGAAGCUCACCUUUAUGCAAGGUGGACGGCUGGAUCGAGUGGAUGCUUUAAUCUUCUUUGCCCGGGCUUCGUUCAAGUGUCGACUGAUGUGCCUUUAGGUGUAAUCCCUCCCGGUUACUCUCAUAUAGGUUGGCAAAAUCAAAGUGGUUGGAUUGCAUCUAUUGAAAAGGUUGGAUCGAGUGGAUGCUUUAAUCUUCUAUGCCCGGGCUUUGUUCAAGUGUCGACUGAUGUGCCUUUAGGCGUAAUCCCUACAAGUUACUCUCAUAUUGGUUGGGACAAUCAAAGUGUUUCGACCAUGUCUAUUGACAAGAAAAAAAAACAAGUUGGAUAUUGGCCCAAAAGUCUAUUUACAUCUUUGUCGGAAUCGGGUUCUCGGGUCGAAUGGGGCGGAGAGAUUGACAAUCCGGAUUCAAAUACUCCUCCUUAUAUGGGUAGUGGUCAAAAGGCCAUGAAGGACAAGAGACAAUCGGCAUUUUACUUCCAAAUUGGAGUUCUUGCUGAUCAAAAGGGUCAAGUCCCCGCCGAAUUAUAUACGGACUGCGAUAAAUAUACAAGCAUUGAUGUUGGGUAUCAAGGAGAUUACUGGGGUCGUCUUAUAUUUUAUGGAGGUCCAUAUAAGGAAAUCGAGUAA